AUUCAACUUCAACAACACAUUUCCUGUUUCUUCAUAUCAGGUAGAGAACUCUGUUGUGUCUCUGCUAUAAGCUCGUCAAGGCAUGUUGGCAUGUCCUUAACUCUGGCCUUGACGAUCUGAGCCUCCAAUUCUUCCAUCUGUUCUAUGCCACCGUGCCAAUCUGUCAGAGGAAGCAACAUGUCAUCAUAUAACAUGCUGUCUGUCGUUCUGCCGUGGAUUCUCUUUCUGAUGGCUUCAAUCCGAUCUGAAAACGUGACGCUCCCAAAGGACAGAGACAGUAACUCCAGUGCACCGUCCCUGGACUCCGCAGAGCCAACCAGGCAAACACCCGCAGAGGUCACAAACAGCCCUACAACCAGAACGUCUUUUAUUCUCUUAUCCACCAACCCAUCACAAUUAACUCCAAAGAUCCGUUCUGAGUCGUCCUCCACCCUAAGGCCUAGCUCCACCACUGGGCCCUCCUCCACCCUAAGGCCUAGCUCCACCACUGGGCCCUCCUCCACCCUAAGGCCUAGCUCCACCACUGGGCCCUCCUCCACCCUAAGGCCUGGCUCUACCACUGGGCCCUCCUCCACCCUAAGGCCUAGCUCAACCUCUGCAUCCUCCUCCACCACUGGGCCCUCCUCUGCCCUAGGCCCUAUUUCAAACUCUGAGUCAUCCUUCACCAUAGGGCCUAGCUCCACCACUGGGCCCUCCUCUACCCUAGGCCCUAGUUCAAACUCUGAGUCGUCCUCCACCCUAGGGCCUAGCUCCACCAGUGAGUCCUCCUCCACCCUAGGGCCUAGCUCUACCAGUAAGUACUCCUCCACCCUAGAGCCUAGCUCCACCAGUGAGUACUUCUCCACCCUAGGGCCUAGCUCCACCAAUGAGUCCGCCUCCACCCUAGGACCUAGCUCCCCUACUGGGCCCUCAUCCACUCCAGGUCCUACGUCCACCAUUGACUCAUCCUUGACUAAUGAGACUCUCCCGUCCACAUAUUUACCUAUAUCCACUUCCACCAAUUCUACCAACUCGUCUUUGAUUCCGAUUCCCAAGAUGGACAGAGAGAAGUUCCCCAUUUCAACGACCAGGACAACAUCGCCCGCUAAAGAACAUCUGGAUCCACCAGGGGGAGGGGGUCUGCCUUGCUCUCCUAACCGACGGAGUGGCCUGGUUAGCCAGUGUCUGAUUGCCAUUGCCUCCCUGGCUGCUCUGGCUACCUUCUUCAUGGUCAGUUGCAUCAUCAUCUGCACCAAGUACAACUCCAGAAAACACCGCUACGCUGUGUCCUCCGGCAACCGAGGCACGGAGAUGGUGUGUAUCUCCGCACUGCUCCCCGAUGGCUGCGCCCCCCAUGGGAGACCCCAUGUCCCCAGGAGUAACGGAGCCCUGUUGCAUGACACUGAGAUGGACAGCGAUGAGGAGGGGGGAGAUAAUUUAACUCUUCACAGCUUCCUCCCCGAAAAUGACCAGAGGCCAGAGUCUAGAGUUUAGAUACGGAGAUGGGGUCUGUUUGGCUCAAUUACACUGGAUAACUACCCAGGUCAUCGCCAAAGCUGUCUUGCAGAAUAUCAAGGGGUUAAAAACAGAGACUAUAGGGGUGUGUAAAACCUUUAGUUUUAUUAUGAUUUUCCAGCUGAAGAAUUUUGAAUUGCACUUCUGACUGCUCCGCUGCUCUGAAUAUGUUCAACUACAGCUCUUAAAAUAGAUUCCAGCUUCCUUUUUGAAGUUGUUGGCUGGGCCUCGCUGCACAUCCGUCACCAGAACGCAGUAGAGCAAAACAAAAACACAAAUUAUGAACCAAUUACAUGUUACUUAAUCAUGACGGGUUUAUCAGAAAUGUUUAAAGUGCUAGCCUUUCUUUAAGAGAAUCUUUCCCACACAUACACUAGAAGAAAACCCGGAUUUAUCUAAUGAACACUUAUCAUGACUGCUAAUCAGUUACAUUUGGGUUUUGUUGCUGGUGGAAUGGGCUGCUUUGGCUUUCAAGAGGUUUGAACAUUACAUCCUUCGGUGUGAAAAAACACACUUUAAAUAAAAAUUACUAAAUAAAACAUUCACUAUUUUAAAUGCGUGCUUCCAAUCAGUUUUAUCCUUUACAUGUUUGUUGCCUGCAGAAAAGCUUGUUCUUGGGAGGUAUUUUAUAACAUAAUCAUCUGUCUGGAUCUAGUGAGACUAAACAUAAAAUGUACCAAGAUUUUUUUCAAUGUUUGCUUUGGCAAAUCCCAGGAUGGGGAUGUGAUUAAAUGUCAUUUACAAGGUGCUGGAUAAGUCUGGUAUUCUUUUAAAGUUGAGAAUGUUUGUUUUGCUCUUUAUCACUAAACCUCAAACCCCAUUUGGACCUUGCCACACUCUGAUGUUUGACUUUUUCUAGAUGUAUUUUGAAUAGUACUUCCCUAUGUUUGAGAUAAGGGAUAGGUUUCUUAGGGACAAUCCAAGAAAUGCAUUCUCAAUCCAUUAAAGAAACAGCAGAGGUCAGACAGUUUAACUGAAAGUGAUCACAAUGGACUGAAUUAGAUGAAUAAAUAACAAAACUGUAAAUACACAGAUCAGC